AAGACGAUGAUGAGUGGCUUCUUUGUCUUUCUGCUUCUUACUGUGUCUGUCAACUGUCAGCAACCUCCAAAUGCGAGAACUCGUUCGGCAACAGACAUUUUCGAGUGGAAUCCGAAAGCGUUCCAAGAUCUAGUAAACCUAUACGUCGCAUGGGGCUCAAGCGCGGGCAAAGAAUUGCCGAAUUGUCAAGAAUUCGACCAACUUUUUGCGGGAAACAAGACGUGGAUAAGCCCGUUUGCGCUUCCAAACGGACUCGCAGUUUCCGACAUCGUCAAGUCGUGCAAAGACCUCGCAGAGAAUCUCACUUGGCACAGCGGCAGUCUCACUGCAGGCAACUACAUUUACCCAUUCUACAGUGCAUCGCACGACGUUCAAUUCGCCGGCUUUGUCUGGACCGCGGCGGGGGGCGCCUCCGAGUUCGAAAAAUUUUUCGGCCUCCAACAGUACGAUUUCCAGAUUCUCACCGUUAUGGAACCCGCUAUGGGUGGAGAAUCUAUCUACUUGGCCAAGGACAGCUUCUGGCCGGCGGCAAAUGGUUCAGUGCCUGACUCUGUGACGACUCUUGCACAUCAGUACGCGUCACUGAUGGGAGGGGAUUGCAAUAAGUUCCCGGAUCUAUUCGGAAAAGAGAAUCGUUAUGUGGCGGUGAGCGGAGGCGAUCAUCACUACGAAGGAACAGAAGAGUUAAUUUCUUACUGUCAAGAGAUGGUGUCUGAGUGGACAAAAUACAUAUAUAAAAUCGAUCACGUGAGCUAUACGGUCACGCCCCCGCGUAAUGAAACCAACUAUGUAGCAUUCACGUGGAUGAGAAUGGGUCUGUACAAGGGAAUAGCAAAGUCUCAGCAGCUGCUUACAGAAAUGGGCAUCGAAAACGAAGAUCCCAUUCCUGAGAUCAAAAUCGGAGGAGCCUUUGACUACUUUGAAAUCAAUACCUAGAGUCAAACCCUUGGAUAUGUGACGUUGAGUAUAAUGGAUGGAUAUCAGUGUGGGGUAUCAUCAGUAAAUAACCUGUAUCUGUAUAACACAGUGGUACAGUACAGUACUACAAUGACAUCUGCUGGCCAAUUUACAUAUGCCAGAAUAUAUCCUGCACUAAAUUUUAUGUUCAAUGUUGUUGAUAUUGCCUGGCUUGCAAAAUUCAGGUAUUAUUGCACUAUCGUGUACUAAUAUCCAGAUUACUGUGUGCAAUGCAAAUAUAGUAUUAUAUAUUUUAA